CUUCUCGACCUGAGUCGCGUAAGUGUGAGUUGAGCCAUACCUUCAACUCAUGUCAACUAGAACUGUUUUUUAGGCUUAUCUGUGACUGCGGUGUCCGCCUCUAGUUCCGGCUUUCGCCACCAGAAAGCGCUACAACAGCCAGCAGCGCUUCCAGCAACAAAGAGAUCAUCAAUCAGUAUUUAACCGGUUUCAUUCAAGAGGACGGCUCAGUUGGUUCAGCCAGUCAGUGUUUAGUUUGGUUUCAGCUUCACUAGACGUGUCUGUGAUUAUCUCAACAGAUCUGUGAGUCAUUCGAAGGGUAUCAACAAAACAACUGAAAAUGAGUCUAGCCAAUUCUUGUGCCCUGGUGAUGGCAGUCAUCUUUUGUUUCUACUUGUAUGACGUCACUGAUGCCCACUCCUACCACCUUGGAUCCUGUCCUGUUGUCGAACCCAUGAACAAUUUCAAAAUGGACAGGCUGCUAGGCAAAUGGUACGUGAUCCAGAAAACGUCGACAGGCAGCCGUUGCCUGACCUACAACUUCACUGAGACUUCGGAGCCGCAUCAGUACAAGGUGGAGCAAGUGAGCGAGCAUCCAGUGCUGGGAUUGGCCAGCGUCGACAACAAGUACCACUACACCGGAGUCAUCAAUGUGCCCCACAAGGAUGUGCCCGCCAAGAUGGUUGUGCAGUUCCCGCUCAGCGUAGCAGGUACAGCGUCGUAUACAGUGUUUGAUACAGACUAUGACUCCUAUGCGGGAAUUUUCACAUGCCAGAAAUUGGCUUUCGCCAACCGCCAGUCAGCCACUCUUCUCUCAAGAACAAAGACAAUGAGUGCUAACCAACUGGAACAGCUGCGUUCCAAGCUGUCGCACUUCGGCGUGGACCCGUUCGAGUUGUCGAUCAUCGACCAGGCGAAAUGCGAGGCUCCCGACGCUGUCAACAUCUCAAUCGACGACGACACGUUCAGCCCGUCCAACAUUGGCGCCGUGGUGCGCAAAGCCGGCGAAAAGGUGGGCGACGGCGUUGAGUUCGCAGCCGAGGGCGCCAAGAAGCUCUACAACACCCUCAAGAGCAACAAGGAUAAGGCGGCUGAGGAGAUGGUCAGUGCCGACAACAGGAAUCUGGAUAGGGAUGCCGAGUGGCUGCCUUGAAUAAAAGUGGAUUAGAAUAAGUGAUAAAGACUUCUCUUAUCUCCAUUGAAACAUAUUACAAUAUUAUAAAGUACGGUACUGUACGAUUGAAAGUGACCUCUAAUUUUCAUUGAAACAGUAAUUAACUAUUGAAAAUAGUAUCAAAAGACUUCUCUAAUUUCGAUUGAAACGUAUUAUAGUAGCUGAACAUUGAAAAUAGUGUCAAGACUUCUCUAAUUUCCAUUGGAAAAUAUGAUACCGGGUACUGUACAAUUGAAAAUGGCAUCAUAAGACUACUUUAAUUCCCUUUAAAACAGUAGCCAACAGUUAAAAGUAGUGACAAAAGACUUCUCUAAUUACAUGGGUAUUUCAGUAAUGUGGGUUCAUUUUGAAAAAUAAUUGACUCACAAGAAAGAAUAGUACCCACUCGAAAUAGUGACUCAGAAGGCCUUUAUCGUAUAAAAGUUGACUUUUUAUGUUGUUUUCGAUGAGAAAUGAUUAGAAAUUAUUAAUUUCUAACUUGAAGAUUAGAUUAAAUUGAACGUUAUUAAAAAGUGGGAUUAACCAAGGAAGAUUAUAUCUAGGACUCUUUAUGAUGUUGCAUUUAUAAUAUAGGCUAGUGACUCAAAAGUCAAAAUAUCCUACGCUCUGUUCAUUGAUUUGUAAUUGAAUAAGUAAUAUGAUUUGAGGAAAAUGAAUAAGAGCAAAAAAUAAAUUUUUAUUCCAUCCACAUUUCGAUUGAUGCUAAACUCAAAACCUUUUACUCUCAUGUCAAUAAUUUUUGAAUUCAAGAUUGCUUUUUUCUAUUCCAGGAUCGUCGCUAAUUAAGAGUAAUGGCUAACCUUGAUUAGUUGCUCCCCGUGUAGGAAAGUUUUGGAGAGAGAGCCUGUUGAUUUUCUUUGAUGUAUUCAAGCCUGAUGAUUUUAUUUGGUGAACCAAUUCGUAUUUAUCCCGAUUCGACUAUUUUAUUUUAACUGGCCUAAUAAUGCAUUUCAGGGAUUCAUUUAUAUUAAAGUAUCUCAUAUUAUAUUUUUUAAACAUUAGAGAUAUUUAUAUAGAACUCCUUAGCUUAGAUUUAAGUGUACAAUGCAAUAUUGCAAUGAGUUGCUUCAAUAUUAGUUUGCUGUUAUUUCAAAUUCUUGGUGGCUGUAUUUUGUAUAGAAUGCCCUUGAUUCAGACACAUCCCUCCAAGAUGGAAAAUAUAACUAAACUCUAAAAAUAGUAAAUAUUGUACAAGUUUAUAUUGUACCAAAGAAGAAAGAAGAAUAAUUAAAAUGUGUUUUCUCUGUGAUUGUACUAAGUUCAAGAUAGUAAAAUACUUAUUAAGCUUCUUGUUUGAUGAUUAUUUUCAUAAUAGAAAAUUAGCGCCUUUCUUAUACAGUUAUACUAUUGUUCGAGUUACAUUCCAGUUGUUUUUUACUUAAAUUGUGAAGCAUGAAGACCACAUGAAAUGUCUACAAAACUAUGUUUAAGAUGUAUGUGAUAAGUUAUAUAAUUGAUGGUUUUAAUAUUAUUAGACUACAGUGGUACUACAAAAUAUCUUAUGUUGAAUAAUCCUGUUUCUUGUAGAAACAAAAAUAUGUGAAUAAAAAUGUUAAUAAUAUAUAGUC